GGGAUUUAGACUGGUUAUACGUACCUUCAGUCCCGCGCCCAGUCAAGGCAGAAACACCUCAAAGCCUGCAUGUAGGAACAUCUACUGAAAUUAUUUUAAUCUGACACCAGCUGAGUGGGGGAAAGAAAAAGAACAGAGAAGAAGAAACAGAACUCCCUUGGUCUUGGAUGUAAGAGAACCGGCAACAAUGGACCGGCACGUCAGAACAGCUGUGGUGCUGUUCGUUUUUCUGGUGGUGGUGGAAGUUAACAGUGAAUUUCGAAUCCAGGUAAGAGAUUAUAACACCAACAAUGGAACCAUCAAGUGGCAUUCCAUCAGGAGGCAGAAACGCGAAUGGAUCAAGUUCGCCGCAGCCUGCCGGGAGGGCGAGGACAACUCCAAGAGGAACCCCAUUGCCAAAAUUCACUCUGACUGUGCCGCAAACCAGCAGGUUACCUACCGCAUCUCUGGAGUAGGAAUUGACCAACCACCUUAUGGAAUCUUCAUUAUUAAUCAGAAAACUGGUGAAAUUAAUAUAACAUCCAUAGUUGAUCGAGAGGUCACCCCUUUUUUCAUUAUCUAUUGCCGGGCUCUGAAUUCACUGGGCCAAGAUUUAGAGAGGAUUCUUGAGCUCAGAGUCAGGGUUUUGGAUAUAAAUGAUAACCCUCCAGUGUUUUCUAUGUCUACUUUCAUAGGACAAAUAGAAGAAAAUUCUAAUGCAAAUACACUGGUGAUGACUCUCAAUGCUACCGAUGCCGAUGAACCAAACAAUUUGAACUCAAAGAUCGCCUUCAAGAUCAUAAGACAGGAACCUUUGGAUUCACCAAUGUUUAUUAUCAACAGAUACACUGGAGAAAUACGGACAAUGAAUAAUUUUCUAGACCGAGAGCAAUACAGCCAGUAUUCUCUUGCUGUAAGAGGCUCUGACCGAGAUGGCGGGGCAGAUGGCAUGUCAGCAGAGUGUGAAUGCAGCAUUAAAAUCCUCGAUGUCAACGACAACAUCCCAUACAUGGAACAGUCUUCAUAUAAAAUAACUAUCAAAGAAAAUACUCUUGAUUCAAACUUGGUCCAGAUUAGAGUAAUCGAUUUGGACGAGGAGUUCUCAGCAAACUGGAUUGCAGUAAUUUUCUUUAUCUCUGGAAAUGAAGGAAAUUGGUUUGAGAUAGAAAUGGAUGAAAGAACAAAUGUGGGAAUUUUAAAGGUGGUUAAGCCCCUGGAUUAUGAAGCUAUGCAGAAUCUGCAGCUUAGUAUUGCUGUUAGAAAUAAGGCUGAAUUUCAUCAGUCAGUUAUGUCUCAGUAUAAACUCACAGCAACUACAGUCUCUGUGCAGGUAGAGAAUGUAGUUGAAGGCUCAGUGUUCCGACCAGGUUCAAAGACGUACGUAGUGAAUAAUAAUAUGGGAGCAAAUUAUAAAGUGGGAGAAUUUAUAGCUACUGAUCUGGACACAGGCCUGCCUUCAACAACUGUUAGAUACAUAAUGGGGAGUAAUCCAACUGGUCUGCUCGCUAUUGACCAAAGAACAGGCAUAAUUACUUUGAGAAAUAGAGUUACCAUGGAGCAAUAUGAGAUGCUUGGGGGAAGAUACCAAGGAACGAUUCUAUCUAUAGAUGAUGUUCUUCAAAGGACUUGUACUGGAACAAUUGUUAUUGUCCUUCAAGGCUUUACGUGGCCUAUUACUGGAGGUACCACAGUUUCCGGAGGUAGUACCACUCGUGGAACAGAAAUAAUUUCCACUGAAACUGGCUUUUCCACCAACACACUGGACUUCACCAGUGCAGUCGUAUAUACUGGAAGUGACUAUUUCCCAGACAAUAUCCAUUUUGGUCCUGCUGGCAUCGGGCUGCUCAUCAUGGGGUUCCUAGUGCUGGGACUGGUCCCAUUUCUGCUGAUCUGCUGCGACUGUGGAGGCGCCCCCGGCGGUGGAGCCGGCUUUGAGCCUGUUCCAGAAUGUUCAGAGGGAGCGAUUCAGCCUUGGGCGGUAGAAGGGCCACAGCCUGAGCUCGCCGAUAUGACCACCGUCUGUGUACCACUACCCAAUAAUGCACAUAUCAUGGAAGGCAUCGACCACUCAGGAGUCUACACAAACGAGUACGGUGGCAGAGAAAUGCAUGAGCUGGGAGGAGUAGAAAGGACGACAGGGUUUGAAUUAAUAGAUGGAGUUAAGACAUCAGGAGCCUCUGAGAUACGUCCAGAAUAUCCUGGAACAUUAAGAAGAAAUUCCAUGAGGGAAUGUAGAGAAGGGGGUCUGAACAUGAACUUCAUGGAAAGUUACUUCUGUCAGAAAGCAUAUGCUUAUGCUGACGAGGAUGAAGGGCGCCCAUCCAAUGACUGUUUGCUUAUCUACGAUAUCGAAGGUGUGGGCUCCCCUGCCGGCUCUGUAGGCUGCUGCAGCUUCAUUGGAGAAGACUUGGACGACAGCUUCUUGGACACCCUGGGGCCUAAAUUUAAGAAGUUGGCAGAUAUCAGCCUGGGAAAAGAAGUGGAGCUGUACCCCGACCCUGACCCCUGUUGGCCACCAGACGGUGCUGAGCCCAUCUGCCCCCAGCAAAGCGCAGAGCCCCUCGUGUGUGGGUACCCGCCCAUGGCCCCGCCCUUCGGCACUACCUCAGUCAUUUCCGAGGGUGUCUGCCCCUCAGGACCCGGUGUGCAGCAUCCCAUGCCUAUUCCUGACCCUCUGGGCUACGGUAAUGUCACGGUGACCGAGUCUUACACCACCUCUGGCACUCUGAAGCCCUCUGUCCACAUCCACGACACCCGACAGGCAUCAAACGUGCUGGUGACGGAGAGGGUGGUCGGUCCCAUCUCCGGCGCCAACUUGCAUGGCAUGUUAGAGAUGCCUGACCUGAGAGAUGGGGCAAACGUUAUAGUGACAGAGAGGGUGAUAGCACCGGGUUCCUGUCUGCCCACCUCUCUGACCAUCCCCGAUUCCAGAGAGCAGUCAAACGUGGUUGUAACAGAAAGAGUGAUCCGACCAACCCCCGGGGUGGCGGGCGGUCUGAGUGUGCCCCCCGAGCUAGCAAACGCCCAAAAUGUCAUUGUAACAGAGAGAGUUGUCUCUGGCUCUGGCAGAGCUGCGCUCGGCGGAGGCAGCAGCCUGGUCUGCGGCGCAGCGGGAGCAGGUGGCGGCGGCAGUGGGCUGAGCAGCCUGGGCGGGGGCUUGGGUGUCAGCAUGGGAGGGACGGCCACCAUAGGCCACACGAGGAGUUCCUCCGAGCAGCAGUUCAGCCAGACCCUCGGGUCCGCCUCACCGGGCAUGGCCCGGAGUCGGAUCACAAAGUACAGCACUGUACAGUACACCAAGUAGCAGGGGCCCAGCAUGCUUUUUUCAGCAAUUGUGAUUUCGGUCCACUUCCCACCACCAAAAACUAACCAUGUGAUUCAUGACACACAGCUCAGUGCUAAGACAAUCGUGGAGCACAGUGAGAGACCACAAGGAGAAAAAUAGAUGGAAAUGGUGCUGUGGGCCGCAGCUCUCCUUAGCAUUCAUAGACCCUUUUCUUAUUAAUACUAAUGGAAUCGCAACAGUGAACUAAAACUUAGGCUUCUGUGUGCCUGUAUGGCCUGGAGGUUCUUUGCUUCUGUAUGGCCAAUGGUGUAUUUCCAGCACGUGUAGUAAAUAAAACUUGGUCAUGGAAAGCACUGGCCUUAAGAUGGCAAUUGGCAUAAUUCUCCUUGCUCUGUUUCGAUGUGCCGUGUAACACAGGCAAUACUCACAAAGAAUUGAACAUGUAAUACCUGCUCAUGUGUGUGGGAAGAAUUUGAAAUAUGUGCCAAAUGCCCCAUUUCACAGAUAAUAUAAAUAAAAAUCCAACCAUAUAUUCAGACCAGGGUUUACUACUAAAGAAGAAAACCCAGGUAUAUGGCCAUGUCCACUUGCCACCAACCCCUCCUGUUCUGGCAAAUUAUGAAAUGAUUCAUGGGAGGGAAAUCCCACCAGAAAGUGGCAACAGGGAGAGAUUCGCAAUGUCCAAGCCUCAAUCUUGAAAUGGGGCUUCAACUAAAAUUCCUGAAGAGUCAAGGACUUUUCUGAUUCUACUUUCAUUUACUGGUAGAUGCAAUAUUCCGUAUUGGACACGGGUCAGGCUGCAAGAAUCACAUUCAUUUCUCCCUUUGACACAGUGGCUCUGACUUAAUAAAAGAAAAUAUGUCAAAGUGUACUUCUCAGAUUGAAGCAAGGAACACGUGACACAGUUGUCAUCCCUCGUGGUGAAUUACUUUCUGGGAAGCAGAUGGCAACUGCAUUGUAUUUUCAGGUUGAGUUUUUUAGUAAGUGUCAUUCAUUAAUCUCCAGCUGCUUAUUGUCCAUCUCCUAAGUAAAAAGAAUUUACUUAAGCUGAGCUGUGAAAAAAUAAGCCUGCAGUAUGGUUAAGCUUUGGGAGAAUAUUUUUAAGGGGAUCUAAAAAGAGUUUUUAGAACGUGUAAAAUGUUUAAUGGGAACAGUUAGAAUUGUUCAGUAAAGUAAUAUACCAUACUAUUAGUUUUACUCGAGUUCAGUACUUUUUAAAACAACCCUCUGCUGCUAUUUUGAAGGGAUCAACUCGCAACUUUUAACAAAGUUGAUGAUACUGUGUUAACACAAAUGAAACCAUACUAGAAAACCCCAUUUCCUUAUUCUAUCCCACUCCCUAAUGAACUUUCUCACUAGCAUAAAUUUUACAUUUUUGAUUUUAUUUGUCCAUAAGCUCUCAGCUCAUAUAUGCUCCAAUUUGUAGACAGUUUCCAAAUUAUAUAGAACAAUAUAUUUUUCUAGCUACAAAAUUUAGUAAUGUACUAUUGAUGGUAUGUCAUUUCUGUGUGUUUGCUAUAUAGUUAAAAAUGGUUAAAAUCCCUGAAUAGAACCAAAGCAUUAUUAAACUAGAGGUAAAUUUACUAUUGCAUGGUAGAGGAAUUUUUUUCUCUUUUCCAAAUUCAUUGAUAAUAUGAGCUCAGUGAAGUGAAACUGGAUAUGACAAAUCUCUUAAGGAUUACUCUCUCCAAUUACUCAAAUUUCCCAGGGUGUUACAAGAUCAAAGACUAGUUAUUUAACCUCCAACACUUGUCAAAGUGGGAUAGGAAGUGAAUUAUUUUAUCUAGAGCUAUUUUGUUCAGUGUUAAAGCUGAUGUCAAUAUUUUCAAAGCCACAAGAGAUAUCUUAUUUUAACUCUGUGGGCUAUAUAAAAUCUUGAUAGUAUGAUGCCAAAAUGCGGAGGUAUAAAUAAAGUCAUAAAUGGGAGUCUUUUAUUUCUUUCUCCCAUUUUGGGGAUUCCAGUAAUGAUGGGUAAUAUUCCUAAAAACAAAGUCAAAAGGUACAUACUGAAAUACACUUGAGUAGCCUGGGUCCAGGAGAUUGAAGGAAUAAUUAAUUAUUAGCCAAUUAAUUAAAAGGUACCUGAGUGGUAUCUGACCACAAUUGGAUUACUUGUCACUUUGAUGUGACAUAUCAUCAGAAGUGUUUUCUUAAGACUCUCAAUAUCUUCCAGAAAUAUUUUUUAGGUUGUCUAAUAAAUGCCGGAGUGACAGUCUUUAAUAACCAUGGUUAUUAAGAUCCAUUAGUCACAUAAAGCCUUGGGAGACAAAAGAAAAACAUGUCAGUAUUAGUUACCAAUAUUUCUAAAAAUUUCAAAUCAUUUUUUUUCAGGAUUACACACUGAUAUUCUCUUUAUUCUAACUCUUUAUAACUCUAAUUCUUAAAAUUACCUUUUUAAAGACAUUAACUGUUCUAACAGUCAUUUAAAGGCAUUUUUUUUUUUCAAUGAAUAGCCUUUGGGCACAACUCAAGUCUUCUCUUUAGAUGCUUUAACUCAAAGACUUUAGGUCAUCCCAUAGACCGAAGAUAUUGAAAUUAUUUUAUAAGUGAAUAGUUAUAAUUGAAAUCUAUAUUGCAAGCUGAAUCUCAGAUCCACUUGCUCUUAAAAAAGAGAGAAGGAAGAAAGAGCAAUUUAAAUGUUAUGUAUAUAUACUUUAAAAACAAAGUCUUUGAUGUUUAUAAGACCUCUGACUUUCUAGAGCAGUGGUGAUUAGGGGCAAAAAUUAGUGUAUGUUAAUACUUCCUUUGUUAUUUAAUAUCAACCAAAAUACCAUCCUGAGCUAAUUUUGACAUUGAAUUCCAGAUAAAUCCACUACACAUUAUUAGUCUCUAUGUAUGUUGCCUGAUUUAACUGUAUUUGCACUGAAAAAUUUACAGAAAAAUUUCUCUCUGGGGUCAUUUAUAGGGCUUCAUUGUUCUGCAUUUGUGUAUCAAAUUUUUAACAUCAUAAUCUUCAGUCGAUGUAAUGUUCUGACAGAAUUUUAAUUAAAUAGUUUCAAGAAUUACAUGUCCACUCAAACUGGAUGUUCUAGUUAUAUACAUAAUUCAUUUCUGAGUUUAUACAAACAUUUGAAUGUCAACCAGGAUAUAACAGAUGUGACACCCUUUGACUUCACUAGGAGUCCAAAGAUAGUGCAAUCAUUGGCUAAAAUGGCCACGGCUACUCAGAAAAGACAUUUGAAACCAAAAACAACUCUUAAAAGUACUAGCUGCAUUCUUUUGUGCCUAUGUAAUAAAUCCCAACCUUUUGUGAGAUUUCUGGUAUUUUCUAAGACCCCCUUCACACUGCACUAGGACACAGCAGUCCACAUAGGUUACAAAUACCCAUGAGAGAAACUCUGCCUUCCAGUUCUAGAUGAUUCAAUUCAUGCUAGGACAAAAUGAAUCAAUCAACCUAUUAGCCAUCAAAUAUUUUUCAAACAAUGAAUAAUUUAUUGUUUAGUUGUUUAUAUUCCCUCCAUUUUGGUGUAUGUGAAUUACUAAACACUUUAUCAUCAAACUGUACUGAGUCUAACUUAUUUUUCUUUUGCUAUUUUACAAGUUUUUCUUUAAUCUACUAUUCGUCUUUGGCGAGGUUUAAAACAAGGUGCCUUCCCAUCUCAACAUAAAUGUUCUUGGAUUAUUUGGGUACUAGUUACUGCUUGAUCAUCUGUUGGCUAUUUUAAGUCUGUAAUUUCCAAAGAGUUAUGUUUACAGCAAUAAAAUUAUUGGUAUGCCUCCA